AUGCAAAUUUCCUUCUUCAAAUGCCUUUUUGUGAUCAUCGUGAUCGUGCUUUUGAUGAAUUCUCGCCAACAUUUCACGACCUUCACACAAAGCUUCAUCACAGAAAAAAAUCAAAAAUGUGGGAUGCGCGAUCACGUUUUUCACACGUACCAAAAAUGCCUUGAAGAAAUGUUGCCCAACAAGGAUCUUUGGAAGCAUAUUACCCCAGUGAUGGAAAUGAAAUGCGGGAUGAAGCUACUUUCCCGAUUGUUGAAUGUGAAAUUCUUGAGAAACAAGGAUGAAGUCAAAAAAUUCAUCUACCCAGUGUCGAUGGACGAGAAAAUCGUCUCGAUCUCGCUGGGGAUCGGUAAUGAUAAUCAAGUGGAAAAACAGCUAAAGGAAAUUUUCAAAAACAUCGAGCUUUUCGGUGCGGAUCCCUUUGAGGCGACAGCCGAAAGCUUUUUUUGGAUCGGAAUCGCAAACGAUGGAAAAAUCAAUGGAACGGUGCUCGUGGACGGCUCCUACAAAACGCAGACGAUCCCCUCGAUCACUUUCGGGAAUUACUUGAAAAAAAUAAACCGAAAGUUCAUCGAUUUCCUUCUGAUCGACAUCGAGGGCCCUGAAUAUUUUUCGUUGCCUCAGAUUUUUGAGUCCGAGAUGAGAAAUGAGUACACGGUUUGUCAGAUAAACGUUGAGCUUCACGGUCCACUCAAGAACUAUGGUGUUGAUGACAAAUAUUUCGAUAAAAUUAUGCUCGCCUCCCUGAGCUCCUCAUUUCUUCCCCUCGACAUCGAAAUGCCCUACAUCCACCACCAAGUCUUCUACCUCAACUGGAGAAAUCGAGAUUGUGUGCAAAAGAGCAUCAUCAGCCUAAUGGGUGAACUCGGCCCUCCACUUGACCAUUACCAUUGGAACUCUUCUUUAUUC